AUGUUUAUAUAUAUAAAUUUGAAAAUAUUAAAACAACGAAAAACUGUAAAUUUCAAAAUGUCUAAACUUUCUGGGUAUCACAUCAUGAUAGUCUCGAAGUACCUUGAGACUAUCAACGACUUAAUUAACUUGGAGUUGGUAUGCAAGAAGUUUUGUGGCAAUAUGGAGAAGUUCCACUUCAACCCAAUUCCGUUGAAUUCUAAAACACUUGAGUAUUUUCCAAACAUCGAGACACUUCACUUGUGGGAUGUGAAAGAUGGUAAUUUUGUCAAUAUAUUUAUGAUCAACACAAAAGAAAAUGAAGAUAGUGAAAAUGAAGUUGUUUUAAAGAAAGAGUUUUUUCGAAUCAUUGUGUGGUUCAAUGUUGAUUUUGAAAUUGUUGACAGAAACAAAAGUCGAAACAUCGAGUUUAAGGAUGUCACUUACACUCAAAAUGAUAGAAAGAAAUUUGGUAAUAACAUACCAUCAAGUGUGACAUCAAUUGGUGAUAGUUGUUUCAGUGGAUGCGGUAGUUUGAGCAGUGUUAACAUACCAUCUGUUGUUACAUCAAUUGGUGAUGAUUGUUUUUAUGGUUGUAGCAGUCUAAGCAGUAUCACAAUACCCACAAGUAUAACAUCAAUCGGUGAAGGUUGUUUCUGUGAAUGUAGUAGUUUAAGCAGUGUUACAAUACCACCUGUUGUUACAUCAAUUAGUGAUGGUUGUUUUGGUAAUUGCAGAAAUUUAACUAGUGUUACAAUACCAUCUAGUGUGAGGUCUAUUGGCGAUAACUGUUUCAGUGGAUGCAUUAGUUUGACCAGUGUUAACAUACCAUCUAGUGUGAGAUCAAUUGGUUUAUGUUGUUUCGGUUGGUGCACGAGUCUAAAUAGUGUUACAAUACCAUCAAGUGUUACAAAUAUUGGUGAUUUAUGUUUCAGUGAAUGUAUUAAUUUGAGUAGUAUUAACAUACCAUCAAGUGUUAUUGCAAAUGGAAUUCAACGUUUCCUCCAAAUAUUGUAG